GCAAUAGGAGGGGGACACCUCACGUGUCCCCCUUGCUCUCAUAUAUUUUGGAACAUUUGAGAAUUUUUCUUUCAUUAAAAAAGAAAAAAAAAACAGCUUCUAGCUUGUCAUCCAAAAAUAGGUGAAGGCCCUCUUCUUUUGUUUGGGCCAAACUAGAGCUUCAACCGGCAUGGCUGCUGCUGCUGCUGCUUCUCCGGCCUGCAAAUGCUUUCUGGUCACCGGCUCUCCGGGAAUUGGGAAGUCGACGCUGGUGAUGAGAGCGGUGGAAAAGCUAAAGGCCUCCCACCCUCACCUCAACAUCCGAGGCUUCUACACUCGGGAGGUUAGGGAGGGCUCGGGUCGGGUCGGGUUCGAAGUGGUCACCUUGGACGGCAGGCGCGGCCCUCUCGCCUCCUCUAAGUUCUCCAGCUCAGAGUCUCUUAGAUGGCCUAAUGUUGGAAAAUACAAAGUAGAUGUGGCAUCAUUCGAGUCACUGGCAUUGCCGGAAUUGCAGAUCAAAGAUGGGGUAGAUCUUUACGUCAUUGAUGAAGUGGGCAAAAUGGAGUUGUUCAGUUCUUCGUUUUUUCCUGCUGUUCUGAGAGUUCUUGAAUCCAACAUUCCGGUUCUAGGAUCUAUACCUAUACCUAAAUGUGGUCGCGACAUACCUGGAGAACAAAGACCAAAAGUAUGUUGAUAUCCUCUAAAGCUUCAAGAAGAUUAGACAAAAUCUGAAGUUCUAAUGGAACAUGAUCCAAACAGUCUCAUAAAUGCUUGAUGCAGAGGAGAAAAAAAGAAGUUAAAGGAGGUAAUAGCACCAUCAUACUCUAAACCUUUUCUCAUCAAAAUGGGGUCGGCUAGGGUGCAAGGCUCCAUGAAGGACAUGCUAAAUUUUCGUUGCGAUUGUUAUGAAGAUGAUUGAAGGUGAAAAAAAUAAUGUAAUUAUUAAAUUUAAAUACCAACCUUUGAUUGCUUGAAA